AUGGCACAUCCUUACAAAAGUGGUCCAUCUUCGGUUGCUUCUUUAUCAAGCAGUAGACUCUCUUUACCUGCAAAACGAGCUGGAAUUUUGCUUGUCAAACAUAUACGAUGUGGUUUACUCGAGAAAGGCGAAAAACAACCCAGAUUCCCACUAUUUGGCGGAAAAUCUAGAACAAUUAAUUUGGAAGUAGUAGUUAAUGGCGCUACAAGACUAACAACAGAGUCAAAAAUCGACGAACGAGGUAAAGCAAUUUGGAACGAACAUUUAAGUUAUGAAUUAGCUCCUCCAAUAAGAGAUGAAUAUCUCAGGGUGCGUUGCUUCGAUAUGAAACGUAAAGGUAACGAAGCCAUGAUUGGUGAAGCGAGAGCAGAUUUGAGGUUGUACGAGAAACAAGAAAACAGAGUGAUAAUGGACCUUAUGAAACAUGAUCUCUCGGUCGGGCAGAUCGUUUUCGACAUGUAUUUCCUUUCCGGCAAUCCUCCAAGAAAUGCCGAUCAGGAAUUAGCUGAUGAAGCUCGUGAAGGCGAUAAGAUUGGCAUGAUAUUAUUGAACCACAUAUCUUGCAGAGGUCUGCGAAAGACCGGGCACCUCGAGUUUGUGCUUAACAAACCGAAAAUACACUCGACGCUACGCUAUUGGAAGGUAUCACAUAACAUUUGUAAAUACCCUAUCUCAAUGGAUAUGCUGGCUAAGGACAGAAGAAAACUUGUAUUGGUGAUUCAAUGUCGAUAUGGUCCACAGGCAAAUGAGUUCGCUAAGACGAGAUUCGAGAUCGGCUCUGAAACAAAUUGGAGGAAAUUGAUGCGAGGAGGACCAAUCGAAACAGGGGAAUUAACAUUUACGGAAGGUGGUUUGGACGCGGGCUACAUUCGUUUUUCGUUGUCUCUCCACGAGUUUACGAGCUUCCAGCGGCUCUUCGAAGAAGAUGAAUAUGACUCUCUUUCGGCGCAUUCGGGACAAAUUGUAAGGCGUAUGUCCGGAUCAUCGACUACUUCUUCUAUAGGCUCGGAUAUGACGAGUAAUCGUAAUACACACCGAAACACCCUAAAUAAAUUAACAGGAAAGACGAAUGUAAAUGAAGAACAUCCUGAAAUUACUGACGAACCACAGGAUGAUGCACAAUCAUUUACACAAGCCGAGACUUCAUUAAAAAAAAAGCCAACUCAGAUAUUAACCGGAAAAGAAAUAGUCGAAGACAUUGAAGGGGGUGAAAGCUCAGUUGAUCCAGAGCAAUUGUCAAAUCAAUCUCGUAGACCAUCCACCAAUCAACCAUCACCUCCAAGUCCCAUGUCAAAUCCUAGUGAUGACGAUCCCCAUACGAGAAGUUCAUUGUCACGCACAGGAAGUAUGAUCAGAGGGAAGACAAUCCGUUCACCGUCAAAUGAAGAUUUCCGUUUUCCUCCACCCAUACAAGAACGACCGGAAUCGAAGAUAGUAUGCAGUAAGUACGUAAUACUACAUGCCAUUGGCGAUGACGACGAGUUUGGUUCAAAUGAACGUUCGAAUCGUUACCGUAACCGAUUGUACAAAGGCCAACAUAUAAUAACAUCUAAACCGGUUAUCAUUAAAGCGUUUUCACGGCGAGCCCCUUGGGAAACUGAAACCAGUUUUCUUCGAGAGUUGCAAUCAAGCCAUGUAAAACAUGUAGUCGGGUGGGAGGAUAUGGAGUAUAGUCAUAGCAUGAGUGGGUAUAUAUCAGUCACGAGUUUUGCUGGAGACACUCUAGAGCGCUAUCAGUAUAAGAUCAGGGACGGGAUUGCGAUCAAGCACCUGUUAUUGAGUAUCUCGACUGCCUUGAAAUAUUUUCAUGAUAAAGAAAUUGCGCAUCUCGACUUGAAGCCCUCCAAUAUAAUUUGCAAACAAACCGAUAUAUACAAGAUACGGGUCUGCGAUUGGGAAAGUGCGAAAAGAUUCAAUGAUUAUCUAUUACCGAACGGGGGUGAUAAUGAAAUUAAUCCUUUUUGCUCACGUGGCUUUACUGCACCAGAGGUGGUACUGCAAAACGAUAGUGAUCUUCGAGUUAGUCAUGCCCAAGACAUUUUCAGUUUGGCCGCUAUUUUUUACUUUCUAUAUAACAAAAAUACUAUAUAUGAAAGUUUCGAUGAUCUGAAAAAUAUGACAUCAUUUGAGCAUAUCCGCGGCGAUUUCUCCGAUGAGCAGGCGCGUAAACUCGCGUUGAAAAUGUUAGACUUCAAUCCAGCUGAACGUCCGACAAUUCAAAGAGUAUUGGAUUCAAUGUAUUUUAGAGGGGGAACGAAUACUGAACAAUAUACUCGCGAAGUUAGUCAGCAAUCACCUACAAACACCAUAUAG